UCGAGACUUUUAUUUUGAAAACAUUCCUUAAGCAUGAACCAUCAUGACGCCACUCACUGCGAGCCAUUUUGUGGGUCACGCCUACCGGAAACGGUGUCUGCACCUGCACCGACAGCAGAACUGAAAUCUAAGGAAUCCCGGUCGAGUCCCGUCACGUUUCGCUCGCCUCUCCCGCUCCCAUCCCGGUCACCGCGGUGUCCUCUGCGGCUCCGGCGCCUUUUCACGCCGCCCUCUCGGAGGACUGAUCGCUGGAGCGUGGGGGAUUUUUCACAGAGAGAGAGGAGGAGAAGGAGGAAGGGCAGGUCCCUCAUCAUCAUCAUCACUUUCACUCCCUUCAUCAUUUACAAUCAUCAUCAUAAUCAUCAUCAACGCGACGAGGCGUGUCUGCGCUCACUAGAGACACACCGGAACACUGAACCAGCAGCAGCACCGAACAACAUGCCCCGCGUUGACCGCACGCCGAGCCCCGGCGCCGUUUGAUGUAGCGAGUUUUAUUAUUUAUUUAUUUUUUGAUCUGGAAAUUUCUCUACUUUGUUGAGAGAGCGAGCGAGCACUGCGGCCUUGCAUCCCGCUGAAUGAACGAUGCGGACUUUACCAGCAGCCUGAUUUAGCACCGCGUUUCCCACGGAUGACCGUUUCACCGCGCCCAACUGCGUCUCUUUUCUCCGAUCUGCGCGUUUUUAUGGGAGUGACGGAUAGCUAGUAGCCGAGAUAAAAUGUGGAAGUGGAGGCGGCUGAUGCGGUUGUCCAACCGCUCCUUAAUGGCCUUCAUCUUUUUCUUCUCCAUGUCCACGACCUGCCUCUACUUCAUCUAUGCGGCUCCCGGGAUAGUCAACACAUAUUUCUUUAUGGUACAGGCUCAGGGUAUCAUGUUACGAGACAAUGUGCGGACCAUUGGUCACAUGAUCAGGCUAUACACCAAUAAGAACGGUACUCUCAACGGCACAGAUUAUCCAGAUGGAAAUAACUCUAGCGAGUACAUCGCUCAGCCAACCACAUACCUCCCUGAGAACUUCACAUAUGCUCAGAACCUGCCCUGUCCCGAACGGUUACCUUCUAUGAAGGGUCAGAUGGAAGUGAACAUGACCGAGGUUCCUAUGGAGGAGACUGAACUGAAGCUCAAACAUCUGGACAUUCAAUUCGGAGGCCACUGGAAGCCCAAAGAUUGCAAACCCCGCUGGAAGGUGGCCAUUUUAAUCCCCUUUAGGAAUCGGCACGAGCAUCUUCCCAUUCUCUUUCAGCACCUCGUCCCUAUGCUCCAACGUCAACGCUUGCAGUUUGCCUUUUAUGUCAUUGAACAGGCGGGUACUCAGCCGUUUAACCGUGCCAUGCUGUUUAAUGUGGGCUUUAAAGAGGCCAUGAAAGACCUGGACUGGGACUGUGUGGUGUUUCACGACGUCGAUCACAUCCCAGAAAACGACCGAAAUUAUUACGGCUGUGGUCAGAUGCCUCGACACUUUGCCGCCAAGCUUGACAAGUACAUGUACAUUCUUCCCUACACUGAGUUUUUCGGUGGAGUCAGUGGACUUACUGUUGAACAAUUCCUCAAGAUCAAUGGCUUUCCCAAUGCAUUCUGGGGCUGGGGCGGAGAGGACGAUGACCUCUGGAACAGGGUACAUUACGCAGGUUUUAAUGUGACCAGGCCAGAAGGUGAUAUUGGGAAAUACAAAUCUAUCCCCCAUCACCACAGAGGAGAGGUGCAGUUUCUGGGGAGGUACAAGUUGCUGAGGUACUCUAAAGAACGACAGCAUCUGGACGGCUUGAACAAUCUGCAGUACUCUCCGGAGAUCUCUCUGAGCAGUCUGUAUAAGAACAUCACGGUCAACCUGAAUCCCGAGCUGGCCCCCAUAGCAGAGUACUGACAGGCUGUGACCCCCCCCCCACCCCACCCCACCCCUCGAGUCAAAAAAUGUGAUGUAUCGAUGCCAAAUGCCCUUAAAAAACAGAAGCAAGGAGGGCAGAGGCCUGUCUAAUGCACAGUUAGUUGCGUGACGGGAGUGUGCGUGUAAAUGUGCGAUUACUGGAUCAUAUGUGAAAGUGCGUUUAAUUGCAUGUUCCUAUGUCCAUGCUGGCUUUAGCGAAUCAGAUCACAACACAUUUUAAAAAAGCUGGAGCGUUCCAGCGUCAACAAAUCAGAUGUUUACUGCAAAGCCUUAAUUUAAUUUACUAGGCUGUCAAACUCUGUAGAUCCAGUCAUCCGUGCUUACAUUGUAGAAAGCUUGGUUACAUUGCAGCAGCACUCUUGACGCCAAUAGACGUUUUGUCAUGUUCUGUUAGAAUUUGUUUUAUACAUAUCUUUUUUUUUUUUUUUCAAAAUUGUUUAGAAGACGUCAAGGCCGUUUAAAUGGAUGUAUUUUAAACCUAUCCUUCACUUCUGAUCGUUUUGUUCUGGUAUUACAAUACACAUUUCACCUUGGUGGUGUGUUAUGUUUUUUUUUUUUUUUUUUUUCUCCCCCAAAUCCCAUGACUAUACAGAAGGCUGUAACAAGUUGCAUGCAUAACCCAGACUCCCCUGUAAAUAUAUGGCCUUUUAAAUGAUGCUUUAGCUUUGUCCCCUAAAAGACGGCUGUGAUUCCAGUGGAACACUCUUCUUUUUGGCAGCUAUUUGUUGAUUUUGUUUUCUGUUAAUAAUAAUAAUUAUUAUUAUUAUUAUUAUUUUUUUUUUUUUUUUUAUACAUAUCUUCAAUGGUUUAGGAAACAUGACAGAUGGACACAAAAUAUCAGCGAUGACCAUAGAAUGCAGGAAACUGAAUCAAAAAUGACCUACAUAUAUCAUUACUUGCUGCAUCACUUAAUUUAUUUUUUGUUACGUGAUUUUUGUUUUUCCCUUUCUUUUCUUCCCUUUUUUUUCAGUCAUAUUGAAUGUUUUGUUUGUCUUCGCUUUUGUUAAUAGCAUAAUCAUUCUCAUGUCUCGCUUUUGAAGUGCACUCCACAGUAGUGAAAGAAGAUGCGAUGGAAACGAUAGCGAGGUGUUUUUACGAGAGGUCAUUCGCAGGAAGACCUGGUGGUCAUUUGGGUUCGCAGCUGCUAAAGCCAAGACGCCCUUCGCAGGGUUUGGCGUGUCUCUCAACCUGUGUGUUUUUGACUGUUUGUGUGUGUGUAGAUCUUGGUGUGAAAUACUGGGUGACGUUGCGCUCCGGUAGGGCCGAGAUGAGAGAGCGAUGCCGUCUCGCCGUUGCUCUUGAAUGGCAUUCGGAGGACACUUGGGCCAUGACGACUUUAUGCUGUUAAAGUUUCGAGCGUUACAAGCUGUUGGAAAACUUUUUGUUGCUACACGUAUGCCUUUUGUAUAUAAUUUUAAUUUGUUGGUGUUGUCGAUAUUAUAAAAAUGUUGCAUAAUUUGUUGGUGUAUAUUUUAAGUUAUCAUAUAUAUGUCCUAAAAAUGCUGUUUCGUGUCCUCUCAUGCUGUCUGUGUGUGUCCACUCAGAGAAUUUCACAUAGUUGCCGACACUAAUCGUACUUUCUGUCACUUACAGUUGAGUUACACUCACACCUCACAAAACAAUUUAUGUGCCUGCUUUCGAGGCUUUUUAUUGGUUCUUUCCAUCUGCGUGUCUCUGAGGUGUAGAUGAGCCAUGGCUUCUCUUUGGUCGUCUGAUUGCAUUGUCUUUUUCUGAGUGGAUGUCUUCUUAACACCAGUACGGUCUCCUCCCGUUGAUGGUGUCCCCGACGUGAUCUCCAGUGCCCAGUCUGUUGUUUACAGUCUCUUCUUAAACCAUCUGACUUACAGUUGGGUCUAAUCGGACCUGUUUACUGUGGUUACGGGUUACAAAAAAACCACUGGACCAACUCAGACAAGGAAUCGAAGAAUAUUGUCAUGUAAUAUACUGAAUAUGAUAUGGAGGUUACUGGUGCCAAAGUCUGCUUUUCCUUUUCCUUGUCCCUUUCGCUCUUCUCAUCUUUCAGCAUUGGAUAGUGAAAUGUAGCUCUAGGACAUCAGCUCGAUCUAAACUUUUCGAUCCAGUCUCUUUGAGCGACGUGUGAGUUUGUGUAUAUAUGGUGUCACAUUCAUGUGCAGUCCAGUGUGAGAGGAUUGCUGUAGAGUAACAUUAAACACAGCUGAAAAAACCCUCACCCUUGCUUUUCCACAACACAGGGCCAACAAAUUUAUAUAAGCAAAGUUGGUGUCAAAUGUGCUAUUUGUUUACGCCCUGUGUUCGUGUUAAAGCAUCCGAUGAGAUAUAACCACUUAAUAGGUGUUGUUUAGUGUAAAAAAAAAAAAAGCAUUUUAGACUGGGUGUUGGCUUUCAAAGAGGCAAGUUUGGCUUAUGAGCACUAGUUUCCAGAAAGCUCAAAUGAACAACAAGCAUCAAUCCACCUUCACAACACACAGUUUUUUUUUUUUUUUUUUGCAGGCACUUUAACAGAGUAAUGAUUAGUCUUAUGUUGCAAUACGAAGUCAGAUAGGGCUGUUACGAUUUAAUCAUUAGCUUUUGCACCACAGCAUAAUGGUUUUAUUAGGAUACACAGAUUGGGAGUGAAAAUGAUACAUUAUUCUUAAAGUAAGGUGAGUUGCAAUAUGAAUACUGAAUGUUAAGUUUAUUUUAUUUUUAUUUUUUUUUGGUAGUGUAGUGCCGGCCCGUUCCCCUGAUAUUGAAGAGUGUUGUUUUUUUUGUUUAUUUUUUCAUGUAAAACAUACCGGUGAGACUGCUCUGGUGUGUUUGGAUCUGGUGUUUAGUCAGUCGUAGCUUUUGAGGAAGCUUUGUUCAGUGCUGUCUACUAAUUGGGAUUCAUCUCAUUUUUCACCCCUAACCCACCUCUCUCAUAGCUGCCCCAUCCUGUUCCGCUGUCUGAAAAAUAUCCAGAAGAAAUAAUAGAGAAUUUUAAAAGAUGAUUUAUUCACCAUUACAGAUCUGUAAGGUGUAGAGUGUUACAUUUUUGCAGUAUUCAUAUUUGUGCCUUGAUUUUCUUUUUUUCUUUUUUUUUUUGCAUUGUUGAGAUGUGCAGUGGGGUGCGUGUGGAUGGUAUUUAAAAAUAAAACCGGGUGCACAUUUACAUUUUCUUUUACUCAGAGUUUUUAUUUCGAUCUGGAGCUGUGUCUUUAGAACUGAAAUGUCUGCAGGUUAUUGAAUGGGAACUGAAAAACAUGAGGAUCUUGUCCUGUGUUUGCGUUUCUCUAAUGUCGAGGGUCCACUUUAACUGUAACACCAGUAUAAGAAGCAGAAUGUCUUGAGAUACCAGCUGCUUUGACUGACAUGUACAAUCCUGGUUCCAGAUUUAUUUAUUUUUUUUGUUGUUGUACCAGUCUCUUUACUGCGUUUCGCUCUGUAAUGGUCAUUAAAAGACUUUAUAGUUGACAACUUA